AUGGGCGAUAGCAACACAGCAGACUCCAAUGGGGAUAAGAAACGGGAUAAGAAACAGAUCCUCCUGAACGCGUUCGACAUGUCCACCGUCGGACACUUAUCACCUGGACAAUGGAAGAAUCCGGCGGAUAGAUCGGCCACGAAACGGAACCUUGAGUACUGGAUCGAGCUUGCGAAGUUACUGGAGCGCGGGGGUUUCAAUGCCCUCUUCCUUGCGGAUACUUAUGGCGGGUAUGAUACCUACGAGGGGAAGUUAGAUGAGUGUAUUCGGCGGGCGGCACAGUGGCCUGUUACAGACCCUACGAUUCCGAUUUCAGCCAUGGCGGCCGUGACGAAGAAUCUCGCGUUCGGCAUCACGGCGUCGACGUCGUUUGAGCCGCCGUUCCUACUAGCGAAGCGGUUCUCAACGCUGGACCAUUUGACGAACGGGCGGAUCGGGUGGAAUAUCGUGACCUCGUGGAAGAAAGCGGCAUUCAAGGCGAUCGGGUUGGAUACGCCCAUUGAGCAUGAUGAGCGGUAUCGGCAGGCGGAUGAGUAUCUGCGGGUUGUGUACAAACUCUGGGAGGGAUCCUGGGCGUCCGACGCGUUAGCCCCCGAUCCAGAAACAGAUACCUACGUCGACCCGUCCAAGGUCCGCCAGAUUAACCACAAGGGCAAAUACUUCUCCCUCAGCACGCGUCAUAUCGUGGACCCCUCGCCACAACGCACGCCCUUUCUUUUCCAGGCUGGGACGUCGGCAGCGGGUUCUGCGUUUGCCGCGACUCACGCGGAGGCUAUCUUCGUAUCGAGUCAUUCGCCGAGGGUGUUGCGGCCCAAGAUUGACAACAUCAGGAAGCUGGCCGCGGAGCAAGGGCGCGAUCCGCGGUCGAUCAAGUUCUUUGCGACGUUUACGCCGGUCAUCGGACGGACGGAUGAGGAGGCGCAGGCGAAGUAUGAGGAGCUGAAGAAGUAUGCUUCGGUUGUGGGCGGGUUGGUUCUUUUCAGUGGAUGGACCGGGGUCGAUAUCUCGCGGAUUCCGAUCGAUCGGGAUAUCACGGCGGAGGAUUCGUUGGAGGCGCACAAGGUGACAAGCUUGCUGGAUGCCUUUACCACGACCAGUGAGGAUAUUCCCAAGUGGACGCCGCGGGUGGUGGCUCAAAAGGCGGCGAUUGGCGGUUUGGGACCCGUGGGCGUUGGAAGUCCGCAGCGGGUGGCGGACGAGAUGGAGCGAUGGAUCCGGGAGGCAGAUUUGGACGGGUUCAAUCUGGGCUAUGUUACGACGCCCGGCACGUUUGAGGAGGCGGUCGAUUUGCUGAUUCCUGAAUUGCGGCGGCGGGGUUUGUAUCCUGAAUCCGUGGAGGAGGGAUUGACGGCGCGGGAGAAGGUGUAUGGGAAGGGACAGAAGGAGUUACGGGCAGAUCACCCGGGCAGUCAGUACAAGUACGAUGUUUACCAGGAAGACGAAGCUGUUGCUGAAAGUGAAGUGUCAUGAUGCGUGAAUAAAGUUAGGAUUCUUUUCCGAAAGCUUACGGGAGAGGCAGCAUGUUACGCAUUGAUGAGAUUAAUAUUAG